AUGUUCAGCCAACGCAGGUGCCCAUGCUGCAUCGGUACGGAGCCUGAGUAUCGGCAACACGUAUCGCGCAAAUCCCAAAAAACCACGAAAGUUCAAAAAGCCAGGCAUCAAUACGUUUCCGAGGGCUACUCAGAUGAGUCUGAGGGCAAACCCUAUGCCUACUUGGGUGAAGGCGAGAUCUGGGCAAACGGGGCCUUCAUGAAGAUACUGCAAAGAAAGUAUGGUCAUGGAGCUCACCAUUGCUGUUCUCAUUCCCCUCAAACAUCUCCACAUCGGCACUCUCCCACAACAAGACAGGCUUCACCCACUCGUUUGAUUAAGGUUCCCUCACCAAUCUGCUUCGUCUCUCCGCUAAGAACUGCCUCGCCAUCCAAAAGACGAUCGCCAUCGGCUAGUCAUCGCCGCAGGCUAAAGUCACCAAUCAAGUCUAGCUGCACCUAUCGCGUCUCUCCAAUCAAGUCCAGGAGCGAGAUCCAAGACGGCGACCUAAUCAUUGAGACAAGUGAUCACAAGUAUCUGAAAGUUCUCGGACCAGAAGACCUGAGCGAUGGAGACGACUUCUAUGUCCUAAGAAAUCGAAGAAGAGGAGUCGGUCCUCCAGCUCUUCGAGCAGUUCGAGCAGUUCUUCAUCGUCAUCCGGAGAAGUCUACGUGGCUAAAAGGUUCCUUUCUCCCGGGGCUACCCAAAUCCCUCGUCGGUUCACCUGCCACAAACUUACGGGACCAUGCUUCUGCCUUUGCUGCAACAGGCAAUGCUGAAUUGAAGCUAACUCCGCCAUUGCAGGAUCGCCCAAUAGGGGUCGAGCUAGCCUGUUCCAGUCCUUACUAA